AGAGAUAGUAAGCGACAAUGGGGGACGAAGGGCACAAAGCAUGGAGGACAGAGUAGACAAAAGCAAAUGAAUAUGGAUUGGGGACAUGAUAAGGGGUUAUACAAGCAGGCUACGGUUUUCUUCUUUACCAAUUUCCCAGACAAUUGGAGCUACUUAGACAUAUGGUGGACUUUUGGGAAAUUCAGUAGGGUGUAUGCUAUCUAUAGCCCUCAGAGAAGAAGCAAAAAUGGUAGGAGAUUCAGGUUCAUUAGGUUCCUAGAGGAAGAGAAUGCAAGGGCCAUAGAGAACCAACUAGAUCAAAUUCAGAUCGAAAGUCACAAAAUUUGGGUAAAUUUAGCCAAAUAUCCAGUGGAGGAAACUGAGUCUAGGGAGAUUAGGAGAAUUACAAACACAAACUCAGUUGUACAUGGGAAAACUUAUGCUGAUGCAGUCAGAAGACAGCAUGAAAAGAAUUCUUGGAGAUCAGAGGACUAUCCAAUGGAGAAAAGGCCAACUUGCGUUUAUAAAGAUGAUAGAAGAAUAAAGAAAUUACCUCGAAUCUACAAGAAAAGCUUUACAUGGAAGGUUAUUUCUCAUGUCGACUCCGAGCUAGGGGGGGAGCUGGUAUUAAUAGACUGUGAUGAUAAAGGAGGAACUAAAAGAGUUAGUAUAGGGGACUACGGACUAGCUAGACCAAUGCUUCAUAAAUAUUUAGCGAACAUGACAAAUAGUUUGUUCUCAAUGAGAUAUGAUUUCAUGCCAAAUUUCAACAUUGAUUCAGAUAAUGAAGAAUUAUGGUCGGAUUGCAAUGAAUUGGAGAUCCAACGUGAAGAAGAUGACUGGGAUGCUAACUUGGAACCGCCCGCCGGUGAAGAAGGAGAAGAAGGAGAAAAUAGGGAAUUAAGUCAAAUUGAUAAACGAUCGAUUGCCAUCCCACAAAACGAGGUAGAAUUUGAAUUUGAAGAAGAAGGAUGUGCUGUGAAAGGAUACAAACUAGUGGACAACUUUCCCUAUAGUCGGUUGGGAGAAGAAGAAUCAGUAGAGGUAGUAGUUAAUAGUUUUGAUAUGUCUCUAGAAGCUAGUGAUUUGGGAGGCAGAAUAAAGGUUAGGUUAUAUGAAAAUAGACCACAAAAAGAGAUGACCACAGACCCUAUAGAAAGUUCGGCUGGUAAUGACUUAGGCUUGCAGGAUAAGCGCAUUUUAGAGCCCCGACGCCAAGCCCAUAAAGGUAAAAGGGGAGAAGUGAAAGACAACUGGAUUGGUGAACCGAAAGACUACAACAAAAGAACAAAAAAUGAGUCUAGGAUUGAACAUAAAUUUGAAAUGCAGAAUCUGCAAUAGAAAGAAAGGAAAGCAAAAUAG